UGUAGCGCGGAUAGCUGCAGCUCCACCAAAUAAAGAGCAUUUGAAGCUCAGUUCGUGUUCAUUUCAUACAAGCACCUGAUCCAAGAGCAAGGGCAUUCAACAUGGGCCGUCUUGAAGGAAAGAACUGUAUUGUAACGGGAGCCGCCGGAGGAAUUGGUCUGGAGACCUGCAUCCUCUUCGCUCGCGAAGGUGCUAACGUCCUGCUCUCCGACAUCUCCGGUCCCGCCUUGGAAAGGGCCCUCGAGAAGCUCAAGUCCAUUGUCCCAGAUGCCAAGAAGCUUGAUACCAAAGUCACAGAUGUCUCCAAAGAAGCCGACGUCCAAGCCAUGGUUGAGCACCUCGACUCCUGGGGCGGCGUGGACGUUAUCUUCAACAAUGCCGGCAUAAUGCACGCCGAUGACGCCGAUGCGGUUGACACGCCUGAAAAAAUCUGGGAUCUCACGCAGGCGAUCAAUGUCAAGGGCGUAUGGUUUGGUAGCAAGCAUGCUGUCCUGAGCUUCAGGAAGCAUGGCAAGAAGAAGGCCAGUGUCAUCAACACUGCGAGUGUUGUAGCUCUUGUCGGCGCCGCGACGCCGCAACUUGCCUAUACUGCAAGCAAGGGCGCCGUUUUGGCGAUGACGAGGGAAUUGGCCAUGGUUCACGCGAGGGAGGGUUUCCGCUUCAAUGCGCUUUGCCCGGCACCACUCAACACUCCUCUCCUCCAGGACUGGCUUGGCGACGACGCUGCGAAGCGCCACCGUCGUGAAGUCCACUUCCCAACCGGUCGUUUCGGUGAGGCCAUCGAGCAGGCACAGGCAGUUCUCUUCCUUGCUAGUGACGAGAGCAGCUUCGUCAACGGUACGGACUUCGUUGUUGAUGGUGGCAUGACCAGGUGUUAUGUCACGCCGGAGGGUCCGGCUACGGAGCCGCCGAAGAACAACGCCCGCUAAAUGACUUUAGCUGAUUAGUCGGCAUGAAGUAGUAGCAGCGGGGGCGAUUUUUAUUACUCUAGGUAACGAGACUGGCGUGGGUUAUGGCUAGGAUAUGAGGCGUUAGGUGGGAGGGUCCUGAUAUGGGAUGGGUUGCAUGUGCUGCUCUUCGAGCCUUGAUACAUUUACCAUGAUGGAAUGCCGCAAUGUGCGCGACUAUGCAGUGAUAUAUCUGUAUGUUCUGUUUCCACCUUGGAAGGUCACUGCGUCAAGCUGCGCCGAUGCAACUCAGUCUGUACUCCCUACUCUUCAUGACAGCUUCCUUUCACUGAUCAUCAAUUUCCUCGGCACGCAUAUUUUUGCUUAGUUCCUUUCUCUUCAGAAACGCGAUAACAUGUGUAAGGGUGCAAAUCUUAUCUAGCUAGCUUGUUCGUAGCAGGGAUA